AUGAGGAGGGAUCAAAUGAUGAAGUAUGAUGGAGUGAUAUGUCCAAAGAUAAUGAAGUUGCUUGAAGAACUCAAAAAGAGGUCCAUGGAGUGCAUAGCAAAUUGGAAUGUGAUGCAUGAGUUUGAGGUGGAUGGGCCCUAUGGCAGUAAGUUUAGAGUUCAUUUGGGAGAAAGGACAUGUUCAUGUAGAAAGUGGGAGCUGACAGGAAUACCAUGUGAGCAUGCAAUCAGUGGCUUAUUCUUUUUGGGACAUGAUCCAGAAGAAUAUGUGGACAGUUGGUAUAAAAAAGAGACUUUUCUAAAGGCAUACUCAAGUAUGAUGGGGGCAUUGAAUUCACCUGAUGAGUGGCCAAAGGUUGAUGUGCAGCCCUUGCAGCCUCCAUUACAGUCUAAAAUGCCUGGAAGACCAAAAAAGUACAACAGGAAAAGGGGUCCAGAUGAGGUUCAAGAGAAGGGAAAACAAAAGAAGAAAGUUGAAGUUAAGCUUAGCAAAAAAGGGACCACUUUGAAAUGUUCCCUUUGUCACAAAGAGAACCAUAACAUGAGGGGCUGCCCAUUCAAAAAGGAAGACAACCCACAUACAGUUGAGGCAAACAAUAAGGCAAAGAAAAUGAAGACAAGUCGGAAGACAAGUGAUGGCAAUUGUAGACAAUCUCAAGAGUCUGUUGUCUAUCAUGCACAAGGUUCACAAUCAUCAGACUUACAGGUAAAGAAGCCAACUGUUGGACAAGUCAACAACCAAAAGAAAACACUUUGGAAGCCACCUGGGGUAUUUCAAGGAGCUACUUUUUCCACUCAAAAAGGAAGAUCCUCUGUUAAUCAAAAUGUGGAUGGGAAAAAAAAAGUAAAAGCUGAUGUGGUGUUCUGUUUUAUUGAUGAUAGUGUUCUGAUUGUGAAGUAUGUUGUUCUGGGAUGA